AUGGAGGGUGUUCCCUAUGCUAGUGCAGUUGGCAGUUUGAUUGACGCAAUAGUGUGUACACGUCCAGAUAUUUCACAGGCAGUUAGUGUGGUCAGCAUGUUCAUAACGAAUCCGGGAAAGGCACACUGGGAAGCGGUGAAAUGGGUCCUGAGACAGUUUCUCUCCCUCGAUAGUUCAGUCAUUGCACCCAUUCAUAGACAGUUUCUCUCCCUCCCCAUCCGCAAUUGCAAUCUUGUAUGCGUGCUAUAUAUUUCUCAGGUGGACAUGGUCAUAAUCCCAGCUACAACAGGACGAAUGGGUGUUUUGCCAGGCCAUGUUGCCGCUAUCGCAGAGCUCAAGCCUGGGUUGCUUUCGGUUCAUGGAGGAGGCAGCGACACAAGAAAAUACUUUGUCAGCAGCGGGUUUGCGUUCAUCCAUGCAAAUUCCUUUGCUGAACUUGUUGCUGUAGAGGCAGUUCCUAUAGAUCACAUAGAUCCAAACCUUGUACAGAAAGGUCUCGCCGACUUCACUCCGAAGCUUAGCUCAGCGGCGACAGACUUGGAAAAGGCUGAAGCACAGAUCGGAGUGGAUGUUCACAGUGCUCUUAAUGCUGCGCUCUCUGGUUGA